AUGACGCCACAGCACGCAAGUAGCCCUCGGAGGGUGAGACGCACGGUGUAAUAAUGUGAGAGAGGAAAGAGAAAUACGACAUAAACGAAUCCAGGACAGAGAGUGUGCAAAAUAUGCAUUUCAUAUUGACUAAAGGUAACGGUCCAAUCCAGGAUAUAGCUGUAUCGUGCAAAGAAAUCCAAAAAGUUGGCUGAACGAGGGCGUUUUUUGUUACUUCGUGGUCAGAGCAGAUCGUCUUCCUCAGAUUCGCCCGCCAUUCGAGAUGGUUCGACGAGCACGCGCUCUCCGCGCCAACUUUUAGUUCGGGCCUAUUAGAGACGCGUCGUCGACGAAAAUAACUCACAAAAGGAUGUAGACUUGAAAUGCUCUGUGGUGAGAGAGUCUGAAGGUAUCCAGAUGACUUAAUAACUCCCAUGGCCGGUAAAAAGAAGCAGGGUGCAAUGGUGGUUCAUGAAGAGGGCAUGGCUGCCCCUACAGUGGCACCUCCACCAGCUCCUCCACCUACCUCGGCAGCCGCACUUUUUGUUGUACUUAAACAGGUGAAUCCUGGUGAAAAAAUGCAGGACAAGGCUAGUUUGUUGGCCAUUAGUGAGGCAAAUAAUAUAGUGAAAUCUACUAUCAGUUCAGGUGCAACAGGCAUCCAUUCAACAUCAUCCACAUCACCUUCAGACACCAGCACACAUCCAGAGAACUUGCCAGCAGAUACUAGAUGUAAGGGCAUCACAGUUACACUGGACAACAACAGUAUGUGGAAUGAAUUUAGUAGGUGCCAGACUGAAAUGAUUUUGACCAAGCAGGGUCGAAGGAUGUUCCCUUGCUGCCGCUUUCGUCUCUCUGGUAUGGAACCUUUCCAAAGUUAUUUGCUGGCAAUGGAUAUUGUUCCAGUUGAUCAUUUCAGAUACAAAUGGAGUGGCAAAGGAUGGGAGCCUAAUGGGAGGGGGGAUCCCCAUGUUUCACGCUUGUUUGUGCACCCAGAAUCCCCUGCUACAGGCCUGCACUGGAUGCAUUGCCCUGUUUCAUUUUACAGACUGAAGCUUUGCAACAACACCUUGGACCAGGAGGGCCAUAUUAUUUUACACUCAAUGCACCGGUACCUUCCUCGACUUCAUAUCAUACCAGCUGACAAAUCCACUGGUGACAUUCAUAUAGACAGGCCAGAGGUUAUAACUCUCAGUUUUUCUCAAACAGAGUUCUUUGCAGUCACAGCUUAUCAAAACCUGCGCAUCACCCAGCUCAAAAUUGACUACAACCCCUUUGCCAAAGGUUUUAGGGAGGAUGCAGUCAAUGCCCGGUCAACGAAGGCCAAGAAUGGAAUAUUCACUGAAGAAACGGAUAAUGAACUUAAGCUAAGCAAGGAGACUACUACCUUGAAUAAUUUAAGGAGUUUGUUUAUGAAGAGAAGUGCUGCUGCAAAAGUUGUUAAGGAUCAGAAUGUUCCCAGCCCAACAAACGAUGAGAGGAAAGUUGUUAAUGGCAAUGCUCUCGUGGUGGAAAGAGAUAAGAGUACUAAGAAGCGCCCCUUACCUGGAGCAUUUUCAGACUUCCUAAAAGGUGCUCAUGUAAAAGUCAAAAGGUUAACGCUGGAGAAUAUCCAGAAAAAUCAUCUCAACUUGCAGACAGACACACAUUGCAGUAGUGGAAAACAGGAGGUGUUGACGGUGUCAUCCAAACCAGAAACUGUACUACAAGUUGAAGAAACUGUGAUGGAUGACAAUCACCAAUGUAACAACACAGACACAUGCUCAAAAGCAGAGUCAAUACAAGUAGAUGAGAGUAAAAUGGUAAUAGAUGAACACAAAGAUGACAAGAUUGCAAUGGUAUCCAGUGAUCAAAAAGUACGAGAAACGGAUGAAAACAUAAUGGAAAACCUUCCUUCACUGGACAAUGAGACCAAGUCUGAAGCAAAGACAAACAAAACCUUACCACACAAACGGCCAGAACCUGUACCACUACCUCUUCUAGCUCAGUUUCUGAAACAGAGACAGUCUAAAACCAGAUCUAUCACCCCAAAACCCGAAGCUCCCUUGAACUCUAAACCUCACUUAACCCCUGAAAGCUCAACUGAUUUGAUCUCUCACACUCCUCCUGCAAACACACACAUAGAAUCACAACAGUUGGUUACCUCAUUAUCUCAAACAGUUACAUCUUCAUCAUCAACAGCAGGUGCCAACAUGUCAUCUACGUCCACUACUUCAUUAUCAACAACUUUUAUUGCAGACCCAUUUAUACAAGUAGAAACACAAACACCUUUACAAAUUUCAUCUUCUCCAUCUGUCAGUGAUCCAUUCCCUCCCCCCAACACUACCUCUCCUGUUAAACUUGAUGAUGAUCGAGAAAUGGACAGCAUUUCCAGUAUAUUUGGUAGUACUGAUGGUGAUUCUAUGCAAGGUCUUGACAACAUUAUUUGUCUUGACAUUUCAUCAGUUUUUCCUUGUGAUGAUUUGCCUGACACUCAUUCUCCCACCAUACCUGAUGAUAACACAGAUGCUAUCACUCCAGGUAUGCCCACUGUCACCACAUCCAACUCCGGUUUCGAUGUUUCACCUAGUAAGAACAGUGAGGUUAUUACUGGAGUUAUUCCCAACCAGGAACUUACUCCAGAACCUCAAGUGGUUGCGAAUGAAUCUGUUUCUGAUGUCCUCUUGGAGAGCUCCAAUGGUUUGAGUCCUGAGCUUUUACCACAGGAUGUCCUUCCAGAUACUCUGUCCACACAUGAUAAAUCCCUUUCCCUGCCAUUGGAUGAACCAUCUUCUCCAGCCUUUUCGUUACCUAGCCCAGCUCCUUCCUCACCUGACCCUUUUCCACCAGAUCUGUUUGGUGACAGGGUUGUACCACCCCGAAAAACCCUUGAUUCUUUCCCAGAAAGGCUACUGGAUUGCACUGGCAUACCCUCUUCUGACCUUUUCACACUAGGUUUAUAUGGGGAUAUACCUGAACUAACUAGAAACCCACUUGAAGGAGGGUUGUUGAAUGGACAAGUAGUUUUAACAGAUUUAUCUCCCAGAGAAUCAGUUAAUUUGUUCCCUGAAAGACCAUCUGAUAAACCAGAUUCUGUACAUGACACUCAGUUAGCUGUUGAACCCAACUGUGAACCCAGUGAAACCACUGUUUCUGACAACAUUGUUUCUGAGAUAACAAAACAGUCAUCUCAUGGAAACACAAAGAAAUCCAAGAAAAACCAGAAAAAAAUAGGAAAGUUGAAACACAUUGAAGAUGAUGAUGUGUUUGAAAGACCUGUACCGGCCCCAAUGCAACCUAGCCUGGAGGAUGUGGAGGGACAAUUAUUUGUCUCCUUCAUGUCAAAGACAGCUCUUGAGAUUCACCUUGGAGAUGAUGCCAAAAAAGAGGUGGUGCAGAAAACAUUUGAAAAAUCAGAAGGUGAAAUUAGUGGAACGAUAGAGGAAAAGAUUAAGGUGCUUGAGAAAGAACUUUUAAAUGAUCUGCAACUGAUGAAGCACAAACAAGUCAUUCAUCCAGUGCUGCAAGAAGUUGGAUUAAAAUUGAGUUUGCUUGACGUCACUUUGGAGAUUGACCUGAAAUAUCUGGGCGUGCAAUUACCUAUACCCCCACCUGUCCUUCUGCCUAAAACAAGUUCAGCAUCAUCACAGGACCAAUUUGUUUCAAGAACAGGGAAAACCACCGACUUCACCAAAAUAAAGGGUUGGAGAGAUAAAUUUGUUGUUUCAAAAUCCGAGAGUGAAGGUGCAUCAAGUGUAGAUGCAGGGCAGAAUAACCUCUCUGCAUUCUGCAGUGAUAUGUUGGAUGAGUAUCUGGCCAGCGAGGGCAAGCUUAUUGAUGAACGAGCCGCCAACUUGUCUCAAACUGACACCACGCCUGUGGCCUACCAGCUACCCACCAAGAGCACUAGCUAUGUCCGUACCUUGGAUAGUGUCCUUAAAAAUAAAAAACAUGUACCUACCUCUUUAUCUUCCACAUCUAUACAUCCACCUUCUACAUCCAAAAAAGUGAAGACAAAGUCCAAAGUGACCAAGAAACCUAAAAACCAAAUAAAAUCUAAUACAGCAAAGCAAAGUUUAAGUACUUCUAAACCAAUCAGCAGUGGAGACAAAUUCCCUGUGAGCUCGAAAAAGCCCCAACAAAGCAAGAAAUACAAAAUAAAAAAGGAAUCAAAUAGUUUAAAUGCUAAAAAGCAUACUGAAGAGAGUCCUGCAGUGGUGGCAUUUGAUAAAACUCCUAGGGUUGAGGUCUCUGGAUCCCCAGCAGUGAGCUGCACAACUGGACGCAGUCUUGGUUUGCCCAAGACCUUGGUAAAGCUGAUGGAUGUGGAAGAUGGAGCAGUGUGGGAAGGCAAACGUCGUACCUACAUCACAGAAGAAAGAGCAGCCAUUGCACUAACUGCUCUUCUCACUGUUGAGGGUGUUUCAAAAGGAAACCCUGAUGCCUUGAGGAUUAUUAAACGACGGGCGCCACCAUGCCUUAACGUCUUUUGCAGACUUGGCUGUGUGUGUGCCAGUCUGCUUCACAUGAGGCGCCAUCAUCACUGUGGCAAACCAGAGUGCAUGCUAGGCUGUAGCUGUCUGCGACGUAAAGUUGUUGCUCUGAAGAACCCCAAAGAGGAAGAAAUGACAACAAAGGAGCCUAAACAUCCGGGACAAUCAGAGGAGAACAAGGCAAAAUGGAAGAAGAACAAAAUGAGAAAAACUUACAUUUUAACAGAUCCUAUGGCAGCACCUGAGCCGGCCAAGCGUGUCAAUAAAUUAUGGGAUCGAAAAGGAGAAGAUUUUGAUUCAGAAAUAGUUUUCUCCCCCCCUCCGCAAAGAAAUCCCAGUCCACUGCUCCUGACCAAAGAGCUACAAGAAGACCUGGAAAGCUCCUUCAGUCCCCAGAAAAAAAACAUGAUGACAGGGAGCAAUUUGAGUUUUGAGGAGGACAAUGAUAUGGAGAGCAGUCAGACUUGCUCUCGCGUUCGACCGUUUCACUGGAAGUGUCAAAAUAAGCAAAAACCGCUGGUUGACCAACACCAGAUCUCCAAGGCCCCUACACAAGAUAUCGAGGAGGGUGAGCUUGUACCUGCUAAUUUGUCUGGCCCCGUCAAGCGCCUUGAGAUCGUAUCCGAGUGCAGAUGGUCAAGUACAAACAGUAGAAAUUUGGUUAUGAAAAGGGUGUGCGAAUACAUGGCUCAAGAUCGUUUGAAGAAACCUUUUUGGAUCGACAACUACUAUGUUCAGCCAGUUUCCAAGACAAUUCAGGGGACAGAAGAGGAGCCUGUCCACAUCUACAAAGUUAACAUCUCUCAGCCAACGGAGAAGGAUAAAGAUAAUGAGACAAUUUCGCAAAGUGAAGAAGAGUCCAGACAGCCUGUCAAGAAGAAUGAGGUGAAAGGCCUACCCUUCCUUUCUAGGUGUUCCCCUGCAGGCUUGCUCAAAGCAGAGAUGAAAACUCCUUACGCCCCAGGCCAAAUAAUGGUCAAUGGAAAGGUGUACCCACAAGCCAAGCUGGAACUGGGAAAAAUGGGGGCUUUGCACCCUGCCAAUAGACUGGCAGCUUAUAUCACAGGAAGAUUAUGUCCAGUCAGUCAGUCUGGUUCUAGUGUAGUACCCACAGCAUCCACUAAAAUUACCUCUACCACUGCUUCAAUAACUAGUGUGGCUGCAGUUACUUCAGUUACCAGCACAUCUCCUUCUACAUCCACAUCUCCUUCUACAUCCACAUCUCCUUCUACAACCACAUCUCCUUCUACAACCACAUCUCCUUCUACAACCACAUUGCUCAAGACUGCAGUGACCAAGCCCCCAGUGGGACCGGUCUUCACCCAGUUUGUGGUCAACCACAUCAACUCUCAAAAUCUGUCCAGCACUAGCACUCCAAACUUGCAGCAUUCUCCUCCAAAAAUUGUCAUCCCCUCCUCUUUGUUGAUGGCUGGGGUUCCUAGUGUUGCUCAGUCUCCUCUUAAACCUGGCCUGGCUACCCAGGUGUCUGAGACUUCAGACUCCACAGGUAGCAACAAUUUUCCCACUGUUUCAAAAGUUCAAGCCCCUCCAACAAUCACCAUCAUCAAUAAAUCGCCCACCGUGCAGUUGGGUGGGUCUAGCGUAACUCCAACAGUGGUCUAUCCACCUGGAUCAUCUCCUACCUCUGGGAAAAAAGUUGUGAUUACAGUUGUGUCCCGUAAUAUAGCGGCUACUAGUGGUGGUCCUCAGACGGCAAAGUACGUCACACAGGUUCCCCCUUUACAGACCCCAGGACAAAAGAUGGUGCUUCAAGUGGUGAAAACGGCUGAUGGCAACACAUUGUACCGUAAUGCCAAUGGUCAACUUGUUCAGUUGGUGCCUUUAAGUCAGAUCAAAUCCAUGAACUCCAGCAUCCUUUCUAAAGGUCCAACAACUUUAUUCCACUUGCCAACACAUCAAGCAGUUUCUCCGAAUAAACCUCAGAGCGCCACAACUACCACAGUCACAUCAUCCAGCCCAACAAGCCUAACAGAGCCAAAAACUAUAAUCACCGUACAAGCCCCUACGUCUCUGAGUGGCAAGACAGUCACGCUCACUGCACCCAAGUCAAUCUCAUUCAACAGCCUUCCAUCCACUAUUAAAGUUGCCCCAAGUUUUCUAGGACAAACUGGCACUUGCACGUUACGAAUUCUUGCUCCAAAUGCUGUUAAAGACCCUGGAAUUGCCACUCCAACGUCUUCCUCUAUCCUCUCACAAGGUGGCUUCACAUUGCUCAAGCCUAUGAGUUCAACUCCACAGAACCAAGAGUCCUCAAAGACCAUUGUUUCAGCCACCUCAGAUUCAACAAACAGUCCUGCCAUUCAGGUCCAAGGAUUGGUUGACUUGAGUAAGCCACCCGAGAUGGUUUCUACUGUGAAUACCUGUGACAUUACCAAGACGGCUGAGCAUACGGCAGAAGAUGUAUCACAGCUUCCAUCCUCUGCCGCCACUUCUCCAAAACCUACACAGUGUUCUGGAGAUGGUUCUAGCUCUUCGCCUAGUGAGCCAGGACAACAGGAACGUUCUGGUUUGGCAGCAAAUCCCAGUUUGAAAGAAACCGAGUUGGACGCAGGCAAAGAAGAAGGGGGGAUCAGUUCAGACGAAUCAGAAUUGACUGACGACUCUGACUUGUACAGUGAAGAUGACGAAGAUGACACAGACAGUGAUUCUUAUACAGAGGACGUGGAUGUGGAUUCAGAGGUUAAAGAUCAUGCAGAGGUGGAGGUUGAUAUCGAGAACUUUGAAGAGUCUACAGAAAAGAUUAAUAUCGAACUACUAAGGAGAUCGGCCAGAAAGAAUAAUCCACUUCAAAGCCACCCAGAGGAUGUUAUUGAGAGAAAUAAGAUCAGAAAGGUUCAUCAGGAGAGAGCGAGGCGCUGUUCUUUGAGAGAAUGCUUUCACAACCUUAACUUACUACUCAAGUAUCCUUCAGUGCCACGCUCCAAAAUGAGCAUCCUCACAAUGAGUCGAGAAGAGAUUGAAUCUCUAAUUCGGCAGGAAGGGCUGUUAAUGAAGAAAAAACACAAGUUGGAAAAAAAGAGAGACCGAUACUUACAGAUGCUUUCCAUAUUGUCUGACAAGAGUGUACAGUCCAUCAGCGAGAAGGUUAAAGAAAUCAGUGCAAAACAGAAAGCUCUGGAGGCCGAAAAUCAAGUAGGAGAGAUGAAGUCUAAGCUUAAGCAGAGGAGGCCCAAACCCAGUACUAAACCCAACAAUUUCCAUAAAUUUAUCAAUACCAGUAGAAAAGCGCAAAAUGUAGCACCGGCAAUCGAUGUGAACAAUGUUUUAAAUCCCACACAUUCUCCCUCCAAGCCAAUGGACUUGAGUCUUAAGAAACAGAGAAGCAAUGAAACAUCUGACGGUGUAAUAGAAGUUGAUUCAACUUCAAAACCUAGGGAGCUUGACGUUAGCAAAAACACUUCUACAAUCCCUGUUAAAGAGAAAAGUAACACAUCUCACCCUAUUCAGCGAGUCGCUAAUUCCACUUACAUUACAUCUGUGCCUGUACCAAUUCCUAUAAAACAUUCAUCGAUACUACGCGAGAAAACGCGACCCAACAUCCUCUCACGCUCACAGAUCACACCAGUGUCUCCAGUCAAAGAUCCUCUUGUGUCAAAUGUGUCUAUUCCUCAAGUGAUCCCUCUGGUCAACACCAUGGUACCAUGUAAUCAAAUCCUAACCCUAAGCAAGCCUCUUCAGCCAGUUGGCAUCGCAUCACUUGGGCCACAGCAUUCAACCACACCAGGUGUAGCAUCAGUCUGCAUAUCAGUGCCUGCAAUGCCUCAGCCACUCGGAGUAAAAAAUCCCCUUCCGAUGUUGCAGCCUCAGUUUAUCAACAUUUCAAACAGCCCUGUUAAGGUUAACACACACGUUGAAUCUAUCAACCUUCCAAACAUCGCCAACGUCAUUUCUCUGGUUCCACCAGUUAACAGUCUGGUAGUACCACAGCAGGUUGUGCUUAAACAGAUAGACACUACAUCAGCUGUCCAGGCACAGCCCACCUCCGAGCAUCUGCAGAAACCUCAUCUUCUUUCAGAGGAAAGAGAAGCAGGUGAGAUUCAACCCAAGGAUUUAACCAAACAACCCGCAGGAGGAGAUGUGGUGACUACAUCCAACCAACAAGGAUCAGACAAGAAGAGUCAAGAGGACAGCAAUGAUCCAGAAGAUGAAAAUCUGAUGUCUUUGCUAGAUGAACUUGUUCUUCUCAGUCAGCAGUUAAGCAAUGACUCCCCCGAACCAACAAAUGAAGAUCCGGGUGAGGAAACCUUACAGUCUGAGCAUCAGGAAGAUACGGACCGGGAUGAUGAUCGUGCCCUAAGCCCCUUAUUCUUAACGCUCGAUGAAGAUCUAAUGUCUCCGGACUCCUCCAAAGAUGACAUCGAUGAUAUCCCACCCAAAGUGGAUGACUUGGUCAAAGUCAUAUUUGGGUCAGAUUCACCAGUUUCGUCCGAAUCUGGGGUUACAAACGUUCAUAGUCCACAACCUUCAACAUCCAUUGCAAGUGAUGGUCUCAUUCCACCUCCUCUAUUGCACAUGAAAGCCGCAAGCGGGGCCGUGUCGGUUCACCCCGCCAGCGAAGAGGUGACGUGGCGGCCGAUGCCUAAACUGGUUCCUUUGGGGUUAAAGACUCAGGAUGCCGUUGUAAAUAAAGUGACUGGUUCGGACUAAAAGGCGCAUGAUGUUUAGACACCCCAAUCAAUGAACUGUGUAUAGCUGCUGCUCACUUUAACAUGCCUAUAGACAAAGUAGGAGUUUUUUUAUGUAUUUAUUAUCUUAAAAGUUCUGCUGCAGUCCUGUUGGGCCUCUGGAAUUUCCAAAGAAGCUUUCUUUUUGUUUACUAUUGACCAGCAGGUUAACUGUAAUUUGACAGCAGGUUGUCUCUGUUUUGCUGUGUCCAUUUAAUAAAAAGCUGCUUUUGUAGAUUUUUACUUAUCCUGGCCGUUGUAGUUAUUGUUGUGAAAGCCGUAUACUUAUUUUAACCUCCAUAUUGGAGCACGUUUAGAGUAAAUUUUAACGAACAAUAAGCCUCUUUAAACAGGAAAAAAUUUUGUCCCUCUUUAGCGCAUAACGUUAAGGAAACUGUGUGAAGGUGAUACUGCUCCUAAUUGUCCGCAUUGGGCUUUAUGUAGGAUCAUUAGGUGGAUUUCUGGGUGACCUUUAUCAUGAAUAAUUGAAUUUGCCCAGUGACUUUUAACAUAAGAAGCGUUUCACCCUUGACUUUAUCUGCUAAUGACCAUACACAAAUGUCAUUGUCUUUGCAUCUAGCUGAAUCAUGCAUCAUUAAUUAGGCUUUUUAAAAAUUAAUGCAUAUUCUAAUUUCUAUAUAUAUACUCGUUGUGAGGGCCUUAAAUAUUUAAUAUGUCGGACAUUGAACAGAAAACAUUUUGCUAUUAAAGGAAAGUAAGUAGCAAUACCGGCAUUAAAACGGUGCACCAUUUGAUUUUAACAGUGUCUGACGCACUGCAGUUUUGUUUUUGUGUUCCCCAGUUAGCUUUUAUAAGUAUUCAAAGCAUUUUAUGUACAAUUAUGACUGUAAACAAAAACCUCAACUUUCUGCUCGUGCUUUGGCAUUGUAAAAGGAUUUUAAUGUUGUUGAACCGCAAUUGUUAAGUGUCUAUUAAAGAGGCAGCCCGGAGUUUGAUCAUAAGAAAUGUAGUAUCCCUAUGCAAUUUUUCGUGUUUGGUGUAGGAAUAAAUAUCUGGAGGAAAUGAGUACACUAAAGCUUCGUAGGAAAACAGGCUGGAUAACAUAAGAUGCAAUGAAUGUGGUGUUGUAUAUAUUUUAUGCUACACUGGUUUAUUUUGUAAAUUAGUUUGCAUUUUGUUAUGUGUAUAUUGUAUUGGUGUUACAGAUUUCUUGGACAUUGUAAAUAUGUAAUAUGUACUACUUUGCAGACUGCUAUACUGUUUUAAAAUACUUAUUUUUUAUAUGCUAUAAAUCAGUGCGCUCUCAUCUUUUUGUGAAAGGGAUAGGAUGCUGUAUUUACAUUUAAGUCAAUAAAAAAUGUGUGAAAAGA